UGAGAAACACACAAACACACACAUGCAACAGCAAACAGGAAAACCAACUACAGAAGUGCCUCGCAGUGCUUGUAGUGCAGAAAUAGAGAGAAAAACAGUCUUUAUUUUGCUAUAAAUGAAAAGGUGAAUUUGGGUGCAGGUAUGGUGCGUGUGUAUGUGUAUUUGUCUCUGGUGUUGUUGCUGUUGGGUUUUAGUGUUUGGGGACCGGUGAAUGGAAGACGAACCCGAUACAAGCCAAAACCAAAACCAAAACCAGAUAAAAAUCCUGUUGAGGAGAUCGCUUCAGUUCAGAACUUUGAUAUCAAUCAGAUAAGUGGAAAGUGGUACCUGCUUAGUGUAGCGUCAAGAUGUAAGUACCUUUUAGAGCAUGGCUACAAGGUGGAAGGCACCAUCAUGACUCUGACUGCACCCGCCUCACCCAAAGACCCAAUCAAAGUGAGCACCUUCACCAAACUCAAUUUUCAGUGUUGGGAGAUUAAACAGCACUAUGAGACCACAAAGAGUGCGGGCAACUUCCUACUGAGAGCAAAAAUGCCAGUGAAGAACACUGAGAUCCUCAUUGUAGACACAGACUACAAAUCUUAUGCCAUUUUACUCUACAAGAGGGAGAAGAAGCUCACAUUUAAACUCUACGGACGCUCUCCAGUGAUCGCCGAAGACAUUGUGGAUAAAUUUGAGGAUAUGGCAAAUAAACAAAAUCUGGGCUUGGAUGUUAUUUUCCAGUUUCCUACUUACGGGUUUUGUCAGUCUGCAGACAAGGAGCACACACUUGUAAUGACCUGAGCAGGAGACGUCUGUGGAUGACCGCUUCAUUAUAACCCUGAGCACAAGAAACAAGCUCAGAUGUAUGAUAGAAAUAAUAAAGAUGGUCAAACUCAGAA